CUGACGCCUGCACAGUAAGCAGGCCGCGUGCGUUGUCGCGGGCGCGGGGCAGAGUCCGGCGUGGCGCCACGCGCUCUGCGGCUGUUACUGCGCCGCGCGCCGCUCGGCUGUUACAGCGAGGCGCUCGUGGCCAUCAGGCCGGGCGGCGCGGGUCCUGCCCUGGUUCUCCAGACACGAAGUCCGUGAGCAGCCGGGAUGUCGAUCUUCACCCCCACAAACCAGAUCCGCCUAACCAAUGUAGCCGUGGUACGAAUGAAGCGCGCCGGAAAGCGCUUCGAAAUCGCCUGCUACAAAAACAAGGUCGUCGGCUGGCGGAGCGGCGUGGAAAAAGACCUUGAUGAAGUUCUACAGACCCACUCAGUGUUUGUAAAUGUUUCUAAAGGUCAGGUUGCAAAGAAGGAAGAUCUCAUCAGUGCAUUUGGAACAGAUGACCAAACUGAAAUCUGUAAACAGAUUUUGACUAAAGGAGAAGUUCAAGUAUCAGAUAAAGAAAGGCACACACAACUGGAGCAGAUGUUUAGGGACAUUGCAACUAUUGUAGCAGACAAAUGUGUGAACCCUGAAACAAAGAGACCAUACACUGUUAUCCUUAUUGAGAGAGCCAUGAAGGACAUCCACUAUUCCGUAAAACCCAACAAGAGCACAAAACAGCAGGCUUUGGAAGUGAUAAAGCAGUUAAAGGAGAAAAUGAAGAUAGAACGUGCUCACAUGAGGCUUCGGUUCAUUCUUCCAGUGAAUGAAGGGAAGAAGCUAAAAGAAAAGCUCAAGCCUCUGAUCAAGGUUAUAGAGAGUGAAGACUACAGUCAACAGUUAGAAAUUGUAUGCCUGAUCGACCCAGGCUGCUUCAGAGAAGUUGACGAGCUAAUAAAAAAGGAAACAAAAGGCAAAGGUUCUUUGGAAGUGCUCAAUUUGAAAGAUGUGGAAGAAGGAGAUGAGAAAUUUGAAUGAUGUCCAUCAGUCUCUCCAACUGUAAAACACUAAAGUGUUUUUUUGUUUCCAACAGCACUGUUUCAUUUCUGUGAUCUGCCAAAUACUUGCUCAAACUAUUCAACGUUUUCUAAGUAUAAUAACGUGGGAUGAUUUAGUUUUAAUUCUAAAUUGGAGUCUAAAACUUAAAGCAAAAAUGAAAAAUCUAAGAUACAAAGUCCAGAGUAGCAUUUUGCUGCUGUCUCAUGCCUUUAUAGCUUUUGAAAAUGAAAAUUAUUUGAGGCAACUCUUGUGGAUAAAAGUUAAAUUUUAUACAAUAUAGUAAGAUUAUUUGGAAGAUACGUCUGUAUGACAAAACAGGAGUAUUUGCUGAAAAAGGAAACAUGUCUUAUUUCUAGUUAAUGAAAUUUGUGUAUGGGGUAACUGUCAUGUCGUAAUGUAAAGCUUAGAUGAUGACUUCCUGAUUAUCUGAAAGGAAGAUGUAUAAUGACUGUGUAGGAGUUAAAUAAUUUUCAUUUAACAUGCUGCCACAACUUAGAUUAUUCUUGGUAAAAAAAAAAAAAUCAUUUAUUUCUAAUUCAUAAAGUUUAUAAUAUAUAUUAAUGUAGCUAAAAUUAUAUGUAAUCAAUAAAACCACUCUUAUUUUUAUUAAACUAU